AUGUGUCGGAGUAUUGUUUGUAAACCAAAGAGAGAAACGGUUCGCACCCGACAGAUGUUCGGUGGUACAUUGUUCAAAGUGAACGAAUUAUGGUCGAGGACAGAUGCGUCGAUAGCGAAUGAAAUCAUUGAAGUUCUUCGUGAUGUUAUUGUAGAAGAUAUAGUACGAGAAUUAAAUAAUUCAAAAUAUUUUGCAAUAUUAUGUGAUGAAACCACCGACAUCAGCACAAAAGAGCAAAUUACUUUUUCUGUUAGAUAUAUUGACAUGAACAAAUUUGUGAUUAAAGAGGAGUUUUUUGGAUUUACUGAAUUACUUUCCAACACCAGUCUAAUCAUUAAAGAUGUUAUAUUAAAACAAAUAGAUGCAUUUGUAUUGAAUAUGACCAACCUUUGGGGACAAGGAUAUGAUGGUGGAUCUAACAUGUCAGGGAUAAAUAAUGAAGUUCAAGCGUUAAUUCUAAAUGAACAUCCGCUUGCUCUGUAUACUCAUUGUUUUAACCAUGUAUUAAAUUUGGCAAUUUCUAAAGCAUGUAAUAUACCAGCCAUUAGGAAUAUAUUUGGAAUUGUUGGUUCUGUGUCAGUUUUCUUAUCGGCAUCGGCAAAACAUCGCCAUGACCCCAUCAUUACAUUCCAUGAACUUUAUAAAUUUAUUUUAAUUUCAUUAGAAGAAUUAGAAAAAGAUACAAACCGAGAAAUAUCUGCUAAAGCUUCAAGUUUCAAUUCAAGUGUUAAACAAAGUGAAUUUGUUGUAGCAUUAGAAACCGUGACUAAUUUGUUUGUAUACACAAGGUCUUUAAGUAUACAAUUACAAAUUUCUAAACAGAAUCUAUCUAGUGCAAUGAAAAAUUUCAAAAAUAUACUUAAUGUGUUUGAAGACAUUCGUAAAAAUCCUGAUAUAACAUUCAUCACCUUAUUUGAAAUUACAGCUCAAAAAUUACUAAUAUUUGAUGAAGAAUUAAAAGUUUCUCGACUUAGUGGUCAUCAAACAAAAAGGAAUAACAUUAAUGCCAAUAUCAACCAAAAUCCUAUGGAGUGGUUUAAAAUAACAAUUAUUAUACCAUUUUUAGACCAUAUUAUCCAAGAAUUAAAAUCAAGAUUCACUGAUAAAUUUGUUAAAGUUAUUCCACUCGAAGGUCUCAUUCCAAUUCACAAAGAUUCAUAUAGCACCGAAGCUAUAUUACGAGUAAAUGCUGCAAUGUUCUAUGACCAAGAUUUACUUUCAAAUUCAGAUUUAGUAUUAAAAGCAGAAAUAAAUCUUUGGAAAACUAAAUGGAAUAAAAUAGAAACAAAUAUCCCUCAUACUGCUGUUACAUCACUCCCAUACUGUGAAGAAUAUUUUCCAAACAUCAAAAUCCUUUUACAGUUAUUUGCUACGCUUCCAGUAUCAACAUCAACUGCUGAAAGGUCACAUUCUACCUUAAGGAGAUUAAAAAAUUAUAUGCGCUCUACAAUGACUGAGUCUAGACUAAAUGGUUUAGCUCUAUUAAAUAUUCAUAAAGAUAAACAUAUAGAUAUUGACAUAGUUACUAGAAAAAAGAAAAGAAAAAUGCAAUUAGAGGACUGGUCAGUAUAA